AACAACAGAGGCCCAGUUCCUUUUCCGAACUCAGAGUUUACCUCGUAAAGGCUCGUCGAAUCUUGUCCCACCCUUGUCUCCUUCUCUCCUCUGCAUUCAGAAACGAGUGGCAGUUGAAGACCGUGAGAGCUACAAUGAGUCUGGCAUGUCUUGUGUGCCAUAGUGUGGAAAGUCCAUCACCCUCGCACUCUUUUAGAAGUUCUGUUUCUAGUUCAGAAAAUGAAGGAAGAUGUUAUGCUAUUGCUAGCUGCUUAACUAAGAAAUUAUCUGUUCAACCCCCUACAACACACUUGUUUCAUGCAUCAUCUUCAUCCAAAGUUACCCCGCAACCUACUGUUUCCUGUAACAGUGAGAUACCUGGUAAUCCACGGCUUGUACGAAGUUGUGCUGUGAGGAGGGACCAAGUGCAAGAUUGGAAUUUUGAUGAGGUUGCAAUGGCUUAGUCAACUAUAUGCGGUAGAAGAACACUAAGACUUUUCUUGCGGGAUAGUUUUUCUUUCUUUUUAUUCUUUUUUUUUCUUUCACUUUUUGGAAAUUUCUUGUGGAUUAGUUUAGAGGGAGCAUGACAUUGCUAUCUGGCUACCUAAAUUUUGUAAUGGGUUCAACUAAACUCUCUCCAGUUUUCUUUUCUUGUAAGAGAGUUAAAACAUUUGUGACUCUCAGCAAAUUUUGAUGCAAGACAUUGUUUCUAUUUUUCUUGGCAUUUUUCUUCUGGUUUACG